AUGGAGGCAAAUGAAUACUUCUCCACUUACGAUGCUCUGCAUAAUGAAGCCAAUGAACCUGGAAGGCUCUCUAUUGACCUCCAAGAAACAUGUGACUUAUCCAAGAUAGUAUGGUCUUCUUUCGACUUCAUGACGGGUCCUGAGCUUCGCUUCGUUUGGGAGACAGCAGCAUGUAUGUCUCUAUCUCCGAUAGACCUAAGUGGAGAAGGCUCGAUCAAUGAUGCCGAGAGUUUGGACUCUUCUAUGUCCAUACAGUCAGGGCAGUAUGAAGACAUCGAUGAUCCUUUGAAAGCUGAAUUAACUCCCUUGGACAUUUCGGAGAGCAUGCUCCUAGCUGAUUCUUCUUUCAACUUAUUCGGUAGUCCAGAUGAUUUACCGUAUUUGGAAGAUUAUAUGACGGAAAGUAGAAGUACCACAACUCUGACCAACACUACGACAUCAACGUGUACUCUUAGUAUCCCAGCGGGACCUAGGAGUGUUAGCAGUGACUUGACCCAAGUUUCUCCGACCAAUCAUGAUGGUGACUUCGGAACACCUACUGCUGAAAGUCAGAAUUUGGAGUUUUCACCAACAAGAGAAGAAUGUCAGUUCAACAGCUUCGAUUUGCUCGACGAGAACUUUCUCGGCAAUCCUGCUGCUAUCACUUCAUGUGUGGAUUCUGGAAUUGGUGGAACCAUGUCAACUCAUAGCGAGUUGAGUGCGCUAUGCCAAUCUCCAUUAAACAAAACAGAGAGUAAGAAGCAAGAGGAAGAUCGUGAGAGAUGGUCACAAGAAGAUGACAAUCUGACUUAUCUUUUGGAUGUGCCUUUUGACGCAUCCGAAAAUACAAUCAGUGAUGAGCUUUUCGUUUCCAAAUUCGUUCUAGCUGAACAAAUCUGCAGCACGCAACUUCCUCUGAAUCCCAUGAUGCAGAAACUGACUAUUGUUCCAUCUAGACGUAUAAUGGUUGCUUCUUUUAUAUUUUCAUGUGAAGAUAAUAGUGGACGACCAACUCUACACGCUAUAUCUUUCCUGCUAAAUCAUAAAAGAUGUGAAUGGUUCAUGGCUCGUCAAUCCUUUUUUGAGAAUGCUCUGAUGGAUUUCCUUCCUCGUAUCAAGGCAUCAAUGUCUGUGGAAGAAUGGGAUGACGUCAUCGUUCGUGCUACUUCAGAACUUUCCAAUUUUGUCAACAUUUUAGGAAUUUUAGAUAAAUUUUCUCUAGUCACAUCUCAAAGACCACUGAUGAUAAAAAAUACUUUGUUUUCUCGGAAGAAAUGUGGUGAAGAUAAGAUCCUCAUAAAAGUCAUCUCGGGCGUAUUGCAAAGUCAAGGAUACUGUGUUAUCAUCGGCUCCAACUAUAACUAUGUGGCUAUGUUAUUGAACACUCUGGCCCUAUUUUUACCCGAAGAAGUCCGCUGGUGCUCUAUUCGGAGUUUUAAAAAUGAAUUUAGUCCGUAUUAUAGACUUCAAGCAAUACGAAGAAGUGAAUUGCCUAAUGUUGUUCUGAAGGGAGUAAUGGCUUCCUGGCCAAUUUGUAUAGCGGAUGUCGAUAGGGGUACCGUCUGUAUGUCAGCUCCUUACAGCAGACAUCGCGUUCUUCGCUUGAGAGCUGAAGUAGAGAAAGUCCAAACGGUGUUAACAAGUGGAGCGUUAAGCUCUAAGCCUGUGAAAUUGGAGUUGAGCACUUGCCGGCCUCUCGAAAGUGUCAGAAUAUUUCUGAAUCAUAUGGACAACUUACCUGUCGAAGAAUCCUCACGCAUGGGGUAUAUAUGCCAAUUCAUGUUAUACAUAGAGAACCUUGCCAAAGCUUUAAUAGAAUACGUGAAAGUUGCCAGUUUACCAUUAAUAAAUGAGAAACAAAACGCCAUGAAGAGUUCAAAGUUUUCGUUGCAUGAAUGUCGAAAAGCACUUGAUCUUCAAUCAGACAAUUGGUUCCAUGCUAUUUUGGCGAGGGCAGAAUUAUUACAUCCUGAUAUUUCAGACUUUCUCUACUCAUAG